CACGGAGACAGAGGAGCCGCUGAGGUCUUUUCAUAUCAAUCACUCCUCGCGAAUCUGAGAUUUCGGAAGAUUCGAUCGAUUUGGGGGUUUUAGGGUUUAAUUAAAUCUGUGCCUACGAACCUGCUGAAUCAAUCAAUGGCGCCACCUCCAGGACUUUACUCCGGUACCAGCACUCUUGCUCUGGUUGCUCGUGCUUCGGCUUUCGGGUUGGGUCUCAUCUACGGGAACGUGAAGCUCAAGGCUUUGAAGAUAAAGAAGAACUCACAGAUUAAGGCGGAAGCUAAGGCUGCUCAUCACUAAACCAACUCUUCUCUCCCUUAACAAUAAGAAGAUAAAAAAGCAAGUGAUUUGUUAUCAUUUCCAAAUGUAGUAGCUGUUUCAUCUUAUGCUAUAUAUCUCUCCCUCUUUGACGAUUUUUUCUCUUUUCGAUUUUUCUGUUUUUGACUAAGAAGAGGAAAACCUUUUUGUCUGAGAAAGCAAAUCAUAUACCAACAUUUUGGUUUUAAACCCGCUGUCCUUUUUUGUUGCUUUGCUAUUCAAUAAACACCAAUCUUUUUAUCA